GUCUGGCAACCAGUCAGUGAGAAGUAGCGAGGAUGAAACAGAUGACACAGAACCUUUGGACCAUGACUACAACCUGCCCCAAGUGAAGAUCAAGAAGUUCAUCAACCGUGGAAAGUGGUCUAAGGAAGAGGAUGAGAAGCUACGCAAGAUAGUUGAGACCAAGGGUUUCCAUGAUUGGAAAGUUGUGUGCAGCUUCUUUGCCGACCGCACGGAUAUCCAGUGUCAGCAUCGCUGGCACAAAGUCUUAAACCCAGAUCUGAUCAAAGGGCCCUGGACUAUUUCUGGAGUGAUUCAGCUGGUCAAUGAAUAUGGGCCCAAACGGUGGACUCUAAUCUCCAAACAUUUGAAGGGCCGGACCGGCAAACAGUGCAGGGAAAGGUGGCACAACCACCUCAACCCCAGCAUCAAGAAGACUGCUUGGACCAGCGAGGAGGACCAGCUCAUUUAUCAGCUUCAUCGUCGCCUGGGCAACCGCUGGGCUGAGAUAGCCAAGUAUCUACCUGGCAGAACAGAUAACGCAAUCAAAAAUCACUGGAACUCCACAAUGAAACGGAAGUUUGAGGGAGAGGAAAUCAAUGACCGAAAGUAUCUCAACAGUGGACUCUCCCUCUACAGUCGGCCAAUAGUCCCUAGUGUACCUAGCAGCUCUGUCCAUCCCCUCAGCAUCCAGCCUGUUCAUUUGUUCUCUAACUUG